UCAUUUUAAGAUAUUGUAUAUUUUAUUGGACGUGGCCACUCCUCCUGGUGAUGCUACUCUUGCUCGUCAGUAUUGUAAAAGUUUUCACUUGGACUGUAUUGAUCUAGCGGUCAUGAUCUGGAACAUAGACCACGGGACUGUACCACAAAACAUUACUGAUACAAGAUUGAUCCAGUUUGAAUCAAUUUUUGAACUAGCUGUUUUGCGUCUCUUAUCCGAAGGUAUGGUAUCGGGGGCCAUUGGUUACCUCUUUGAGUGUAAAGAUGAUACCUACCCUCACCUCCGGAUUAGGGCCUAUACUGCUGGGGGUAACGUCACUAGAGCUUCAAGAAUACUGGAGUCGUCCGGUGAUUCUGAUAAUUAUGGGAUGCUAUUGGAAUGUUUUGUCAACAGUUGUCUCAGUCAUUCUUCCGAACAUGGACUAAAACUUGUACGGAUGCAACUACAUGACAAGCUAUUGGAUGACGUGUGUGGUGCAUUAAGUGAGAUUGGUAGCGGCUGUGCUGUUCAUCUUGCGCUGUGUCUUCUGCUUAAUCAUCGACGCCAUGUUGAAGCCAUUAGUCUGGCAAAGGAGAAUGAAAAGACGUGUUCAUUGGCUAGUUCUUUAGCUAAUUCUCAAUUGCUCCAACCAUCACUGGCUACGAUGUGCUCAGACGAACUGAUGAAGAACACUAGAGAAGAACAAACUGGAGCAUGCGGUGGUAGUGGUCCUGAGCCUUUCUCUUCAGUUCUUGUUAAAUCAGCUCAACAUCAUUUCACAUCUCAAGCUGACAUACUCCUGGCACUGACUGAGAAGAGAAUCAAUGAUGAUGAUGCACAGUAAUUUAUUAUUAUAAUAAUUUCUGUCCUUAUCAUUAUCAUU